AUUUAUUUGUAAACAAAUUGAUCGGUAACUCCGUCCGUAUCGUGUCGCGGAAUCAAAACUUGUGAUUUUUAUUGUAAUACAAAUUAAAAUUGUAGUUUUAUUUGAAAACGAUAUCCUGUUAGUCAGAAUUUUUAUCAAGAACAAAAAAAAAAAUUGUUUUCAAACUCUGCCUGCGAUGAAUCUCAACUUCCUCCUAACGGAGAUAUCCCUCCAGCUGCUGGAGAACAAAUUCUACGACAUCAACGGCAAAGAAACGGACAAUCUUAAGGAACUGUUCUCGCCACAGCCGUCCCAAGCCGGCAACGGCCACCAGCGCAAGCGACAGCGGCGCAACGAGCUGCUCGAUGCGCUGGGAGUGAAAAACUUGGGCGGAAAUCCGGUGGACACUGACGCGUACAUCGAGGGCCAGUAUCGGGGAUUCAUGGACAAUUUUCGCGCCAAGGUGGAGGCCAUGCCAAAGGGAGAGGAGGUACCGACGGGUAGCCAUCGGCAAACGGCGAAAGCGUUGGCGGAGGUUCGGGAACGGGCGGACCAGGAGUACGUGAAAAUGAUAACCCACUCGAAGAAGAUGAGGGAUAUUUAUUUGGACACGCUGCCGAGUGCGACCGAUAGGGAUCUCGAAGCGACCAAGUACAACGAGGAAGAGCGCAACCUGCUGAUCGCUGAGUACAACAGCUUGCUCCACCUGCUGAAGCGCGUCGUCAGCGACGUCGGCGAGGACCGGGCCCGGUGCGAACGCAUUCUGCGCGUCAUCGAGGGGGUGAAAGAAGCAACCAGGAAACCUUCAUAGACGAGUCAGAUUUAUGCAGGACGUUUGUAUUUCUUAAUUAUUUACAUUUCUUUAUUUGCUUAUCACAGUUUUUACAUUUACAUUUAACAUUAAGCAAAAAAAGUUCGAGUAAUAUAUUGUAUUAACCAAUACUGCCCAUUUUCGCAUAAAUGUCCCAUAUGCAAAAACAGCAAGCUGAGAAAAACGCUAAACAAGUUUGUCCCACACAUAAGGCUACGUGUUAAAUUUUCGCGAACGAACUGGAUUUCCUCCUGAUUUCUAGAACAAAGUACUGGAUGUACUGCAGGCUUUUCUGAAAGAGCACUCGAUUUUGAACUAAACUGCAUAAAAAACUCAAAAGCGAUGAAAAUUCAUAUGGGACAAUUAUGGAAUCAGGGGCGCAUAGGUAAAUUAAAAUGUAAAUAAAAUGAUAACAUAAAAUAAAUAUAACUCCAAGAUAA